UUUUUGCCCCUGUUGUUCUCCGCCACGCCAACUCAGACGGACUCGCGCCUACAAUGAUGGCGGGAGGUGUAUCGUUUGCUCUUCUGGCCUCCCUGGGUCUCGUCAUCGCUAUCAGCCACGCCUCGGCCAACACCUGUACCUUAUCCGAACACGUGGUGAAGGAAGGUGAAGCUCAAACCGUGUACGAAAGUGAUGUUAGGGAAAGUAGUAAGUCGUUAAGCUUCUACGUGCUGCCUGGCCGUGACUUCCGGGGCGUAAGUCUUAAGGUGAAGAAGAAUCGGACGGACUUCCUUGUGGUUUACUUUCCUCUGGACGGGUGUCUCCUGGACUACACCAACUGGCUGAACCUCAACGUGACGGUCUUCGUGGAGGAAGUCGGAGGAUCGCCAAACGUCCUCCACUUUCAUGUCGACUCGAGUGACUGUCAGCAGGCGUGCACGGCGGCCUAUGGCAAAAAGAAGGUGAAGGGGUUGAGGGUUGUGGCGCAUGGCUCAUCCGUGUGGGUAUGUGACAAACCACCGGAUGAAUGCCUGGUUAAGGAGUCCAGUACUUCAAGAGAGCUACCGUCCACCUCUGAUCCAGACCAGUGCAAGAGUCCCCCAGUCCACCUUACCAACAGCACCAUGGCAUCCUUCCUCCAUCCACCCUUACCCGCUACCAUCCCUCCCAACGUCACCGCUCCCUUCUGCCCAUCGCCGCAAGAAGUAACUGCCAAUUAUUCUGCACUUUCGCCUUCGCCAGUGCCUCCCUCAGGAUUGCCAAUGGGUAUUCUGGCAGCGGUGAUAGCUGGAGUGGUGUUAGUGGUGUUGGUGGUGUUGGUGGUGGUGUCUGCGGUGGUGUGCUACCGACGGCGACGACGCAGUGCCACACAAAGUCAGAAUUCCGUGGCUGCACGGACCCAAAGGGAGAGCAUGUACUACUAACCGGACAGCGACCAACCACCGACCACGCCACCACCAGGGAUACCAACCGCUGCGAAACGUAAGGCAGAACAGUUCCACCACCGACCCCGCCACCACCAGGGAUACCAACCGCUGGGAAACGUAAGGCAUAACAAUUCCACCACCGACCCAGCCACCACCAGGGAUACCAACCGCUGGGGAACGUGAGGGGAAAGUCGAGGAACCGUUCAGCCACCCCAGACAUCCUUCGUUCGCCUCCUCGGUUCACUUCCAGCCACGACGAUCCUUAGUUCAUUACGAUCGUCCUUAAUGCUCAUAGUCGGUUUUCUUAGACGUUAUUAGGUCCAGAAAAAGAGGCUAACGCGUUCUCAUAUCUGUAUUUUUCAAGUGCAUGGUACAGAGGAUUUGUCAAUCUACCACCAGGGUCACAAAACUACCCCUGGAAAUUGCCCCCACACAUAGUUAUAUUUCUAAGGUCCAGAAAAAGAGGCUAAACACGUUCUCAUGUCUGUUUUUUCACGUUCAUGGUACAGAAGCUUUGUCAAACUACCACCAGGGUCACAAAAUUUUACUCUCAAAAUUUCCCACUCAAAAAUUUCCAUUUCAAAAAGUUUCCACUCAAAAUUUUCCAUUCCACACAAUUUUCCACUCAAAAUUUUCCAUUCCCCAAAAAAUUCCAUUCCACAAUAUUUUCCUCAAUUUUACAUUCCACAAAAUUUUCCACUCAAAACUUCCCACUCCACAAAAUUUUUCACUCCACAAAAUUUUUCACUCCACAAAAUUUUCAACUCAAAAUUUUCCACUCCACAAAAUUUUCAACUCAAAAUUUUCCAUUCCACGAAAUUUUCCACUCAAGAUUUUCCAUUCCACACAAUUUUCCACUCAAAAUUUUCCAUUCCACACAAAAUUCCAUUCCACAAAAUUUUCCUCUCAAAAUUUUCCAUUACACAAAAUUUUCCACUCAAAACUUCCCACUCAAAAUUUUCCACUCCACAAAAUUUUCCACUCAAAAUUUUCAACUCCACAAAAUUUUCAACUCAAAAUUUUCCACUCCACAAAAUUUUCCAUUCCACAAAAUUUUCCACUCAAAAUUUUCCACUCCACAAAAUUUUCCAUUCCACAAAAUUCCCCAUUCCACAAAAUUUUCCAUUCUUCCAAAUUUUUCAUUCUCGUAUUCUUUCAGCAUCCACAAAACUUUCCAUCCCCAAUUCGUUUUAGCGUCCACAAAAAUAACUUCGCAAGGCCCGUGACACAAAUAUUAGUGAUGCAUUAACUCCACAAACAAUUCACUUUCUCGCACUUAAGGAAAAUUUAAGAAGAGGUCUUGAAUGAAAUUAACUGUGUCAAUCUCAGUAUGUGUUUAUGUAUGUGUGGAACCCGAAAUAUACGUGUUCCAGUUCUUUUAAAUGUAAA